AUAAACAAUACUACAGUAGUAGCUUUUGUAGUUUUGUUCUCUCUCUCUCUCUCUCUCUCUACACACAAUGGAUGGUGGACUUCCCAUGCUUAACUGUCUCUUGCAGCACACACUCAGAAGCCUGUGUACGCGGUCAGAUUCUUCCAAUUCUUCGAGGUGGGUUUACGCAGUCUUCUGGAGGAUCUUGCCUCGAAACUACCCUCCACCAAAGUGGGAUUAUGGAGGCGGCGCGCUCGAUCGCGUUAAGGGGAACAAAAGGAAUUGGAUUCUUGUUUGGGAAGAUGGGUUUUGUGACUUUUACCAAUGUGAGCAAGCUGGGAGUGGGUACAUAAAGGGGAGGUUUGGGGCUGAUGUCUUCUUCAAAAUGUCACAUGAGGUCUACAAUUAUGGUGAAGGAUUGAUUGGGAAAGUGGCAGCAGAUAACAGUCACAAAUGGGUGUUCAGAGAUAGCCCAAAUGAGAAAGAUUCUAGCUUCAUCUCAUGGAAUGUCUCAAUUGACCCUCAACCAAAGACAUGGGAAUUUCAGUUCAAUUCAGGCAUUCAGACUAUUGCCAUCAUUUCCGUAAGAGAAGGCAUAGUUCAACUAGGCUCAUUUGAUAAGAUUGGGGAAGAUCUCAAUCUGGUGAUAAGCAUACAGAGGAAAUUCAGCUACCUACAGAGCAUACCAGGCAUUUAUGCAAUACAGAGACCAUACUUACCCAUUCAACAUCCGUACACCUUCAAGCCCAACAAUCCUCACAUGAUGAUUGAAACCAAUAUUGAAACGAGUUUGCAGAUCAACGACAAGCGGCAAUUGACCGGAACGAAGAGACUCUACGGCGAAGAAUCGGCUCAGACGACGUCUCCGAUCAAAGCCAUCAACUUGGGGUACAGCAGCAGCCCACAAAAUGGUGUCACUGGACCACCUCCCGUCUGGUCCAUACCACCUCUUCUACCCCCCAUGUCCUGCAGUUUUGGAGCUCUUCUUUCAAAGCUACCUUCUGUGGUACCAUCCUACAAUGCCAUUGAAGCUCUUGAUCACACACCAGUUCUGAUUAGCAACAUUAAUGAUACCAAUAAUACUACUACUAAUACAAGAGAAGGUGGUGUUAAGGUGGUGGUUGAUAAUUGUGGUGUUUUAAGUCAUGAGAGCCAAAGUGGUGAUGUGAAAGUGGAGUCAUCUAAUCAAGAAGAAAAACCCAGUUGCUUAAACCCUAAUUUAGGGUUGGAAGAUGGGGUGGUUGUGGGAUUAGGGUUUGGGCCAAUGAGAGAGGGAGGAGCAAGUGGUGGUGUAAAUCCAAUUGAUUAGGAAACUCAAAUUGCAUUUAUUGUCAUUAAGAGAUUAUACUAAGUACAUUUGGUUGGUAAUCGUUUGGAAGGUAGUUCACCUUCUUAUAUUCCAAAUUGUACCUUUGUUCAUAUAAUAAUAUGAUAAAAUAAUAUUUAUUUAUUUA